CCCUCAAACUCCAAUGCCCUCCUCACCUUGCCGCGCCCCCCCACCCCGUGAAUGAUAAAUGACCUUGGCUGGGGCCAGAGAAUGGAUGCUGCCUCUGUGCGCCUGGACUUGAGUUGGGAGGGGGGAGUGGAGGAAGGGCAGGUGAAGGAGGGAGGGAAGAGACGGAAGAACGGAAAUGCUGGGUACCAAGAACUGAUAAACGGCCAGGCUUGGGGGCAGGAUGGCGGGGGCUGGAGGCAGUUGCUCCGGAGCAGGGGGGAGGGGGUGCUGAGUGAUGGUGGGCACUUGUCCAGCAGCAGAAUCCAAGAUCUCCAGAAUCUCCUGGAAGAGAAGUAGCAGCCUUUUCUGAGUUACCCUGGCUCCCCAGCUUAGCCUCCCCAACCUGGCUUCCCCUCCCUUUCCUGUUCCCCCGCUCCCCCUCUCCCUUCCCAAUGCACCCAACUGAGCUGGCUGUGGGCCAGAGCGCCUCUCCCGCCUUUCCUCCCCUAGACACUGGUCUAUUAGGCCAGGUCCUGUUUCCUCCUAUUCUGUGCCCAGAGAUACUCGAACACAUUUCAUCUAAGUAACUGGGAGAAGAGGUCUUUCUGACUCCACGAGUCCUUGCACAAACUCUGAAUAAGGAGUUGGGGAGCUCCUGUGAAGCAUUCCCAAAGCCCCAUCAUGGAAGAGGGCUUCAGAGACCGGGCGGCUUUCAUCCGUGGGGCCAAAGACAUUGCCAAGGAAGUCAAAAAGCAUGCAGCCAAGAAGGUGGUGAAGGGCCUGGACAGAGUCCAGGACGAAUAUUCCCGGAGAUCCUACUCCCGCUUUGAGGAGGAGGAGGAUGAUGAUGACUUCCCCGCCCCUGCUGACGGCUAUUACCGCGGGGAAGGGGCUCAGGAUGAGGAGGAAGGUGGCGCAUCUAGUGAUGCCACCGAGGGCCAUGAUGAGGAUGAUGAGAUCUACGAAGGGGAAUAUCAGGGCAUCCCUCGGGCAGAGUCUGGGGGCAAAGGCGAGCGGAUGGCAGACGGGGCACCCCUGGCAGGAGGGAGGGGCGGCUUGGGUGAUGGGGAAGGCCCCCCUGGGGGGCGAGGAGAGGCACAGCGGCGGAAAGAGCGGGAAGAACUAGCCCAGCAGUACGAAGCCAUCCUGCGGGAGUGUGGCCAUGGCCGCUUCCAGUGGACACUCUAUUUCGUGCUUGGUCUGGCGCUGAUGGCUGAUGGCGUCGAGGUCUUCGUGGUGGGCUUCGUGCUGCCCAGUGCUGAGAAGGACAUGUGCCUGUCUGACUCCAACAAAGGCAUGCUGGGCCUCAUUGUCUACCUGGGCAUGAUGGUGGGAGCCUUCCUCUGGGGAGGUCUGGCUGAUCGGCUGGGUCGAAGACAGUGUCUGCUCAUCUCACUCUCAGUCAACAGCGUCUUCGCCUUCUUCUCAUCCUUUGUCCAGGGUUAUGGCACUUUCCUCUUCUGCCGCCUCCUUUCUGGAGUUGGGAUUGGAGGGUCCAUCCCCAUUGUCUUCUCCUAUUUCUCGGAGUUCCUGGCCCAGGAGAAACGCGGGGAGCACUUGAGCUGGCUCUGCAUGUUUUGGAUGAUCGGUGGAGUGUACGCAGCUGCUAUGGCCUGGGCCAUCAUCCCGCACUACGGGUGGAGCUUUCAGAUGGGGUCCGCUUACCAGUUCCACAGCUGGAGGGUCUUUGUCCUCGUCUGCGCCUUUCCUUCUGUGUUUGCCAUUGGGGCUCUGACCACACAGCCUGAGAGCCCCCGUUUCUUCCUGGAGAAUGGGAAGCAUGAUGAGGCCUGGAUGGUGCUGAAGCAGGUUCAUGACACCAACAUGCGAGCCAAGGGGCAUCCUGAGCGAGUCUUCUCAGUCACCCACAUUAAGACAAUUCACCAGGAGGAUGAGUUGAUUGAAAUCCAGUCAGACACAGGGACCUGGUACCAGCGCUGGGGGGUCCGAGCCUUGAGCCUAGGAGGGCAGGUUUGGGGGAACUUCCUCUCCUGUUUCGGUCCAGAAUAUCGACGCAUCACUCUGAUGAUGAUGGGCGUGUGGUUCACCAUGUCGUUCAGCUACUAUGGCCUGACUGUCUGGUUUCCUGACAUGAUCCGCCAUCUCCAAGCAGUGGACUAUGCAGCCCGCACCAAAGUGUUCCCAGGGGAGCGUGUAGAGCAUGUGACUUUUAACUUCACCCUGGAGAAUCAGAUCCACCGAGGGGGACAGUACUUCAAUGACAAGUUCAUUGGGCUGCGUCUGAAGUCAGUGUCCUUUGAGGAUUCCCUAUUUGAGGAGUGUUAUUUUGAGGAUGUCACGUCCAGCAACACUUUUUUCCGCAACUGCACAUUCAUCAACACCGUGUUCUAUAACACUGACCUGUUUGAGUACAAGUUCGUGAACAGCCGUCUGGUGAACAGCACAUUCCUGCACAACAAGGAGGGCUGCCCCCUAGACGUGACAGGGACGGGCGAAGGCGCCUACAUGGUGUAUUUCGUCAGCUUCCUGGGGACGCUGGCUGUGCUUCCUGGGAACAUUGUGUCUGCUCUGCUCAUGGACAAGAUCGGCAGGCUCCGAAUGCUCGCUGGCUCCAGCGUCAUGUCCUGUGUCUCCUGCUUCUUCCUGUCCUUUGGGAACAGCGAGUCGGCCAUGAUCGCUUUGCUCUGCCUUUUUGGGGGGGUCAGCAUUGCAUCCUGGAACUCGCUGGACGUGCUGACUGUUGAACUCUACCCCUCGGACAAGAGGACCACAGCCUUCGGCUUCCUGAAUGCCCUGUGUAAGCUGGCAGCUGUGCUGGGGAUCAGCAUCUUCACAUCCUUUGUGGGAAUCACCAAGGCUGCCCCCAUCCUCUUUGCCUCAGCUGCCCUUGCCCUUGGUAGUUCUCUGGCCCUGAAGCUGCCUGAGACCCGGGGGCAGGUGCUGCAGUGAGGGAGCUUCUGGGGCUUUGGGGGUGGCAGGCACACUGUGAGACCAACAACUCCUUCUUUCCCCUCCCUGCCCUGCCAUCAUGGCUCCCAGAGCCCUCUUUCCCCACUCGCCCGUGUUUGGUGUCUUAGCUGUGUGUGUGUAUGUGUGUGUGUGUGUGUGUGAGAGAGAGAGAGAGAGAGAGAGAGAGAGAGAGAGAGAGAGAGAGAGAGCGCGUGCGCGCACAUGUGUGUGACCCCGUGGGCAGGGACUACAGGGAAGGCGCCUCCAUCCCAGUGUUGGGAUGCAGAUCUACUCCCCACCUCCUACCACCCUCCACUUUGCACAAGAGAAGGCUCGGCCCCACCCUUCUCCCCCAGUGUUAGUGAGAGGCCCCUGCGCUUCCUGGCUCCUGGGGCUAUGGAUCAGGCUUCCUGCCUUCCCCUCAUCCCCUCUGCCUGUGCCCUAGCGAAACCACAGGCAUAUGACCAUCGGGGGGCUGGGGCUUUGUGUAGACCACGGACCAAAAGAACUUCUUAGAGUCGGAGGGGCCUCCGGUGUCCCUUCACACCUGCUGGAUGCUGGGGGAGCAGCAGUAAAUCUCAGUGCCCUGGCCUCUGCUUCCUCAGUUUGGGCUCCAAGUAAGAAACCUGAAUUUUAUGAAAUUAGCUUUCUGAUUCUUAUUUAUUUAUAUAUUAGGUUCUGAGGCAGCUCAGCAGGACUGUGUGUGUGUGUGAACAUGAACACGUGUGUACACUUUUGUAUGCAUGUGUAUGUGCCGUGGGCCGGGGGUGUGACUAUACUGUCCUGAAAUACAAGCCAAGGAUAAUUUCAGUGGACCCACACACAGCCCUGCUUCCCACAGUAUCUCCUCUCAUCUUGUUUCUGGGCCGGGCCUGGGAGGGAGGAGCCCUAGGCCAGGCUGGGAUAAGAGUCCCACAGUGUAGGAAAAUCUGAGGACACCUGACAAGGUUACCUCCUCCCCUCCUCUCAGGAAGCACAGGCCUCCUCUGGAGUGAGAGGCUUGACCCACUACAGCACAGACAGGAACAGCACAGCAGCCCUCCCACCCCCACCCCCGUCCCCUCACAGGCAGGGUAGCAGGGGAGGGAAAGAAACUAGGCAUAUGGUCAAACCAGCAGAUCAAAAAGCACAAGGGGCAGGGCCAGGAACCAGGGGCCUUCCCAGCAACCCCUCUAAAGUGGGAAGAGGUCAGACAGUAAGCCAGGGGCCCCUAAUGCAGGGACCAGAAGCCUCAGCUUCCCCAUCUCACCCUCUUCACAGGAUAGCCCCUGUAGGUAAAGCUGCUCCUGCCCUACCCCACUCCACGUGGCUUUCUUUGGUGCCCCCUUUCCCCCCACUGUAGCUGUGAUGUGUUGUAGUUUUUAGCUGUUUGUAAAUGUUAAAAAAAAAUUUAAAAGGAAAAAAGUGAAAACAACAAAAAAAGAAAAUCCAAAUUCACCCUCCUCAUGCUGCGUCUGGCGGUGCCCCCUCCCUGUGGUCACUCCCAUUUUGUAACACUGAACCAGGUGGUGACUGUUUAACUCUUUGGUGUCUGUGCUCAAAGGACUGCUUUCCCCUCCAGUGCCCAGUGUACGAGUGUGUGCCCUUUCCUCACCCUUCACUUGCUGGACGCAGCCCUCUUCCCUGCACCCCCCUGGAGGGACCCAUCCAUCUCCCUUACUCUCCUGGGGAACCCUAAACCCAACUAUGUUGAUGUGAAAAAUGAAAUGAAAACAUUGAUGAAAAAUAAAAAGGAAACAAAUCCUUAAAACCCAAAA